UUUCAACUGUUACGGAUAGUAGAAAAGGAACGAAUUUAGCCUAGUAACGGCCUACCGUCUUUAGGACCCAGAAGGAACCACCCCUCAGCCAUAAAUGACUGUCAGGAGAACAGUCAAUAUUCUGCUAGCCCACCUUCAGCAUUGCUAGUAUUUCCUGCUAAACAAUCCUUAAUGCGUAAAGGCGAUUUUUGCACUGCAAGACAAGAAAGCAGCUAAAAGUUAAAAGGUCGAGAUACAAAAAUAUAGGCUUCAGCAUACAAUGUAAUACAAUGACUACAUAGUAACCUAGCCGACUGCUGCUCCUAUCAAAGACGUGCCUGUGCUGCUAGGAUGUUGUAAGGAAUGUGAUGGAGAGGAAUCCAGGCAAUGACUGCUUCUUAGCAAAAGCAUAACUCUACUGCAAUAUAUGCAUGCUUUCACAUGCAAACCCGUACAGAUGUGGCCAUAGCAGUAGAAUCACUUGGAGUUUUCUUAGAACGUCCCUGGGCAGUGGGCUAUUUCACCUUGUGAGGUGAUAGUAAGAUGUGGAGAGUUCCCAUUCUGGAGACGUCUACAGUUAGCAAGACAGAGCUCCUAGACACAUUACAACAUCUUGGAGGCAAUUGAGAAUGUGUUUUAAAAGCAAUACAUUGAAGGAUGUUGGAGGAACAGUUAGACUAAUGUGAUCAUCAUAUUAAUCUGCUGGUCAGUAACAGCACGGAAGAAACAAGAUGGAAGCCAUAACUGAACAGCAUUGUGUUCUGGCACCCAAUAAAACUACAGAACCUGGGAAAAAGAAUGGUUUGAUAAAUACAAGGAACCUUAUAACAGACAAAAAGGAUGGUCUGCUAUCUGUGUACUCAGCACCUCAGUACCAAGGACACAUAGUUACAAAUCUUUCACCCAAAAGCUGUAUAGAAAAUGGUACAAAUGAUGCGGUACAACAACUGCUUGACCCCAGCACACUCCAGCAGACAGUGGAAUCUCAUUACCGUCCAAAUAUCAUCUUGUAUUCUGAAAACCUAUUACGAUCCUGGAGUGAGAAUCUCAGUUCUGACUGCUGUGAAACAACAUUUAUUGAAGAUAGGUCACCCACCAAAGAUGGUUUUGACUACCCAGAUAGCAACUUUGCUGACCUGUCAGCUGAUGAUAUCAAAAUCCGUACCCUGUCAUAUGAUGUGGAUGAAGAAGAUGAUUUUCAAGAGUUAGAGAGUGACUACUCCACUGACACAGAAAGUGAAGACAAUUUUCUUAUGAUGCCACCCAGGGAUCACCUAGGACUCAGUGUCUUUUCUAUGCUGUGUUGUUUUUGGCCUCUUGGAAUUGCAGCCUUCUACUUAUCACAUGAGACCAAUAAGGCCGUGGCUAAAGGAGAUUUUCAUCAAGCAAGUUCGAGCUCCAGAAGAGCCUUGUUCCUCGCUGUCUUAUCAGUUACCAUAGGAACUGGGAUUUAUGUGGGUGUGGCAGUGGCACUUAUAGCCUACCUUUCAAAAAACAAUCAUUUUUGAGCCUGAGAACUUGAAGAAUUCUUUUUAAUAUAGAGAUAAGAUGUUUCUAGAACUGUACAAAAGCACUCCCAAAGGAUAUGACUAGAUAAGUUGGGAAUGAGCCGAAGACACUACACCAAUAAGACUUUAAUGGAAUCAUAAUCAGGAUUUCUUAAAAGUGGAAGAUAGCCACCGUAAUAGCAAAUUAAUUUUAGUUUAUUCAUUGUAGAGUAUUUUUUGCAGCAAUACAACAUUGUAUUUUCAAUAGAAAAGCAUAUAUGCUGCUCUGAAAAAAAAAGUUUAGUAAAAAAAACAAGUUAUGACUGUUCAAAUGCAUGCUAUGGCAAUAGCUAUAGUUUUUUUUAUGUAGGUUUAUUUUAGGCUUCUAAAACAGUGUAGCGGUAUUAAUAAAACUGCUUUGGAUUUAACACUA